GCCGCUUGCAGUAUUUUCACAACACAGGAUGCCACGGCGCAGUCUUCUCUGGGCCGCAGCCACUGCGUGCGCCAUGUGCAGCGCAACGUCCGAUGACGCCUUCUACACCCCGUGGUCCGACAGCGGGCAGGCGACUACCGACUCGCCGAUGCUGCUGCACUCUGCGAACGGGACGCACCCAGUCUGUGAUCGCGCGGUCGGUGGGACCACAAAGCCCGACUGCGUGUACCCGAUUUUGUUUGCUCUCUCGAGCUGCUUUCGCAACGAGUCGGUCAUCGCGUCCAUCGAGUCGUGGAUCGACCGCCUGCGCGCGAUCACGCGCGACGAAGCCUACCUCAUCGACGGCCAAACGUGCUCGCUGGUGUGGCAAACCAUGCAGCUCGUGGACGAUAGCUGCACGAAAACGACGUCAAAGGCGACACUGACAUCGACGCCGACAUCGACACCGAAGCAAACACCGACACGGGCACCGAGGUCGACGCCGAAAACAACUGCUUCGACCCGAGCUCCGAUUGCCAUGCACCGGUAUCAUCGCCCCGAGCACCGCAGCGCCCGCCCCGCGUGGUUCAAAAAGCUAGCGCACGUGACGCCGGACGGUGCAGUGCACGGAAGCGUUUCGCUGACGGCGUGGGUGCCGCGGCCGAAUGGUGCGCUCAUUGAGGCGCAAGGACGGCAGCUUUUGCAUGCGCUGCUGCCUGAGAAACGUAUCGUGGCGCUGCUACCGACCGACGAUGGCGAAGCGCUUGUUGCUGCGCUCGCUCACGACCGUGGGGUGACGGCGGUAUCCAGUAUCAUUGUCGCAAACGAUGAUCUGGCAGCGCUAGUGGAUUUGGAUCUGGUGCAGUGGCCACAUUUGGACACGUGGUACUACUGCUCGUCGCAGCUCUUGCAUGGCAAGCCGACGUUGUACCUCGAUGCGAACGGGACGCGGCACUGCGUGUGUCGGUGUCCGAGUGGCCAGGACGUGGCGCUGCGGGCGUCCGGUGCCGCCUGUGAGCCCGUCGUCGAAGCACCGUCGGACGGGCGAUGCGUGCACGCGAACCGCACAUUUGUGUACGAGAUUGCUUCGCCGUCCAUCGAUCGAGACGACCGCAAUCAAUGCCACAUCCGCCGACCACCGUCGAUGGUCCAUGUGCCAUUUCCGCUGCAGACGUCGACCACCAUAGCGAUACACGUCAGAGCCGCGACAAACGCAACAGCCGAUGUGUACGCGGGUGAGGUGCCGUCGUCGCCAUCGAGGGCGCUGGACAACGUGGUGUGGAAAUCACCGGGAGCCUACAACAUUGACAUUGCCAGCAAUGGCACAUCGUGUCGCGCCUGUCUUGUGAUCCGGGACCUCUACCGACCCCGCAGCACGCAAACAUGUCCGAACGUGCUCUGUGAGAGCAGUGUCUGUGCGUGGGCAGCACCAGGCCUUGCAGAGUACACACUGAGCAACCUCGCUGCGGCGCAAGCCAACGUCGACCAGCACGUCACGUACGGCCUCAACGCUGAGAACGAUGCGUGCAGUGCAGCGCGAUGCGAUCUCAAGACGUUCGCUCGGCGGGACUUUUUCGAGCUCAAUGAGACAAACGACCGUUUUGACCGUGGGCAGACGUGGCUUCAAGCUCCAAUCUCGCUCGAUGUUGGCCGUCGCCUCGAGGCGUCUCCGUUCGGCGCAGACGAUGGGAAGCUUCAGCUGCACUCGCCCGUGGCGCCGUACCAGUGCACGCGCUGCAGCCACCUACAGACGACGCUGCGGGAGCUCUGGGUGCCGUAUACCGAUUGUAGAAGCGCCACACCCGCGCCGGAAUGCAGCGGCUCGGACGUUGGGUGCACGACACACCAAUGCCUCGUGGCCUCGGGGACGACGCUGUUUAUGGCUUCGGCGACGAUUGCGCCGGCGUAUGCAGCAACCACAGCGCAGCUCAUCAAGGAGUUGUACCCGACGCUAGCAUACAAUGGGUCGCAGGACGUCCAUAUCCAGCUGGACUGCUUCGCCUUGGGCGACACGGAUGCCACCUGCGCCCACAACACGACACUAUACACGCUUUUGACGCUGUCUUCUGGUCUUGUGGACCAUUCACUGCUGGCCAAUAUGCAGCCUGACGGUGCGCGAUAUGUCUACUGGCGGCACCGCAUCGACUAUGGACCGUGGAUGAACAGUGCAAAGGAAAGCAUCCUUCGUUUCCACCAGCACGAGACAACUCUUCACGUCCAAGCGUGGUCGCAGUGCGGUCUGGUCACCGAGGCGAGCGUUCAGAUUCAUCUGCACACCCGGGCACCCGUCUGCGUCACAAAUGCCUUUCCCACAAUGUGGUACCAAACGUCUGUGGUCGACGCUGGAUCCGACGUCUUUUGCGCUUCAACCGCAGGGUUUGCCGAGGUGACGUUCGAUUUCGAUCCGUCCAUGGGACUCCAGUGCGCGGAAACGACCCCGUCGCCGUGGACCUUUGAACGGCUUAGGUGCGACGGCCGCUACGCCACCACGUCCAAGAAGGCCGUCUUGGUCGACGCUCGCAGCGCAGUCGUGCGUCGGUUUGCCGUGUACCUGGACCCUUUGGCGACACACGCGACAACGCUCAACAUUACGUGCGCGUUCACGUACAGCAGUGUCGGCUACGCUACGACGCAUACGGAGCUGGCGACCACGAGUUUACGUAUCGUAGCGUGUGCGGGUGACACGGUGGCCUCGGCGGCCGUGUGUCAAGGUGUCGUCGUCGACUGCGAGAGCAACAGAACGCGCGUGCAGUAUGUCUCCAAGCGCUGCGACGGUGCUGCAGUGUGCAAGCCAAUGCUUGCAUUGCCAGUGGACGACUACGACUCGGCGAUGCAGCUGGCUUCGACGCAGGACAUUUACACGUGCCUCGUCGUCGACGAUGCGCUGCUCCUUUUGGCGUCGCACCCAGCGUCUCCUUUCUUGGGGGGACUCGGAAUCUUCUGUCUCCUUGUCGGUUUGGUCGCCGGGGUUCACCGCCACCGAAAUCGUCCCGUCCACCAUGACACCGACUACUACGUCCUGGUCGAUGCAUAGUUGACCUACACUUCAGCUCCCAAGAUCAUUGAGCCAACCAGCGCUAGUUUAUUCUGUCAACUCAGUUUGAAACCCCA